AUGAUGUAUUCGCAGCAGCAUGCGCCCAUGGCUCCUCCCCAGAAGCCGGAAACCUUCAUGCUGAGCAGUGAGGCGCAACAAUCGCUCCCGCAGGAUGCCCAGGUCGCCCUCCAGCAAGUCGAUAACUUAAAAUACUUUUUAAUCUCCGCCCCCGUGGACUGGACGCCAGACCAGUACAUCCGGCGGUUCCUCUUGCCCACGGGCGAAUACGUGUCCUGCGUGCUGUGGAACAACCUCUUUCAUAUCUCCGGCACGGACAUUGUCCGCUGUCUGUCUUUCCGAUUCCAAGCCUUUGGCCGGCCGGUGAAGAACUCCAAGAAGUUUGAGGAGGGCAUCUUCUCGGAUCUGCGAAACCUCAAGUCGGGCACCGAUGCCUCCCUCGAAGAGCCCAAGAGCGGCUUCCUCGACUUCCUGUACAAGAACAACUGCAUCCGCACACAGAAGAAGCAGAAGGUCUUCUACUGGUACAGCGUACCACAUGACCGGCUCUUCCUCGAUGCGCUGGAGCGCGACCUGAAGAGGGAGAAGAUGGGCCAGGAAGCCACCACGGUGGCGGUCAACGAGCCCGCGCUGUCGUUCGAGUUCGACUCGUCGCAGUCACUCUUCGAGCAGCUCACCAAGGCCCAGCAGGCGAACUCCUCCUCCUUCUCGGCGCAGCAACCGUCCUACUCUCAACAACCCCAAUCUCAGUCCACAUCUCCCGUCAUGCGAGCGAUCGACUCCAUGCCACCCCCCCAGAUGAUCCCCCAGACACUGGGGAUGCCCGACGAGAUGAACCCGAUGGCAGCCUACCAGCAGAUGACCAUGAGUCAACAACAGAUGCCUCCACAGAUGGUCAAGAGAGAGCAGGAUUUCGCUCGCGUGCAGUACAAUCAGAAUGGGGUUCCCAUCUCCCAAGCACACCAACGCCACGCGUCCAUGCCCGCAUACGGUCUGGAGUACUCUCCCGCGCCUUCGUUUGUCUCGUCGCACUACGAGGACUACAGCAAUCGAGGAAUCUCCUUCGAGCCAAUCACCCCGCCUCAACAGGCUAUGGGGAUGGGUGCGGAGCCCGCCUACAUUGCAAACGAGGAUACGGGCCUCUACACGGCCAUCCCAGACCACAUGGGAAGUGUGAAUGGCUUGCACGGCAUCAUGCAACUCCCCCCGUCCAACCUCUCCGGCCCCUCAUUCUCCCACGCUCCGCGCGGAUACGGCGCCAACAAUGUCUACUCGGUCAUUGAAGGUUCCCCCACCUACAAGCAGAGGAGGCGCCGCUCGUCGAUUCCUCCUGGAGUUGCCGCCAUGGUUGCCGCGUCUGCUGCCGCGGGGCAGCAGCAGCAGCAGGCCCACACUACUCACCGACCGUCAGACCUGAGACGGUCGGUAUCGAGGUCCGUUGGUCCGGUCGCUGAGGGUGACGAGUCGGGAGACAACUCUCCGCCCGGACUGAGCUACAGUAGUGGCAUGCAUCAGCUCGCUCAGCAACAUAAAGAUCUCAUUGACAUGUCCCGACAUGGAACCCCCCUCUCGACAAUUGAAGACUCGCCCGCCAUGAACCCGAUGGCUCUCCACCCCAACGACUACGGUCACAUGCCGCAAGAGGAGCUUUCAGUGGAAAGCUCCAUCCACGACUCCCCCAGAAGGCUCAUGCAAGGCCCCCAUGGUGUGAUGCGAAGAGCUCGCAGCGCCACCAUGAUGGAGCUCGGCCCCUACCCUCAAAAAUCACACUCCUGCCCCAUCCCCACCUGCGGUCGUCUUUUCAAGCGUCUAGAGCAUCUCAAAAGACACGUUAGAACACAUACCCAAGAGCGUCCCUACAUCUGCCCCCACUGUAAUAAGGCAUUCUCCCGAUCAGACAACCUAGCACAGCAUCGCCGCACUCACGAUCGCAGCGACGGCUCCGAUGGUCAAUACGGCGGCUACAGCGGCGAGGAAGAGGAGUACGAAGGCGAAGAGCACCUCGUCUCGCUCGAGGAGGCCUCGCCAAAUUCGGAAAAUAACUACCUGCCUACCAGCAUGGCACAGUCGUACGGCAACAUGCAAGCGAGUAUGGGCAUGCCGAUGUCCAUGGGCAUGUCGCACGGUGCCAUGGCGGCACCGAGUCAGCUGAUCCAGGGUCAUCAGAUGAUGCAGCAGCCGAUAUGA